AUGACCCACGACUCCAGGAACUCCUCCAGGAAGUGCACAGUCUACUUCAAUAACUUACAAAGGGUUUCGGACUGGCACACAAGGCUCCUCGAGGCACUGAAAGACCUCGAAAAAGCUGGUUUGAAGUAUAUCCGGGAACAACUUCUGGAGUAUACAUGCAUCGACGGUACGGCUGAAUCACGUUAUCAUUUUAUUAAGAAUAAUAUUAUUCACCGAUUUGGCAUACCAAGGACCAUCACGACCCAUCAAGGGGCGGUGUUCACUAGCGUGAAGCUUAAGGUUUUUCUAGCACAAUACGACAUCCGGUUGGUACACUCUUCUCCGUAUUAUCCACAAGCCAACGGGCAAGCCGAUGCCAAUAAUAAGACGCUAAUCGCCAUCAUAAAAAAGGCGUUGGAGGAUAAUCUUAGGGCAUGGACGAUACUAUGGAGGAAGCCUUGUAGGUUUAUUGGAAUGCAAAGUCCACCGCGAUCAGAAGACUGGACAUUGUUGCAAGAGUUAGACAGUCUAAUGGAGGAACAACUUCAGGCCCUUGAACACCUCCGACUUCAAAAGAAGAAGGCCAAACGAACCUUCCAAAGUCAGGUUCGGUCCUGGUCCUUCCAUGAAGGAGAUUUGGUUUGGAAAACUAUCCUUUCGGAAGUCCCCAAAGAUCCAAUGCUUGGAAAAUGGUCACCCAAGUGGAAAGGUCCUUUUAUAGUUUCGGCGAAGUCGGCAAGCGGCGCAUAUAAGUUAAUGGAAUCUGAAGGUGAAAAGUUAAAGACGUUCAUUAGCAAGAAGCAUCUAAAAGCUUUGUAUCCAUAA